CUAGUCGAGUGCAGUGCUAGUGCAGUGAGUGCAGUGUCGAGUGAGACUUUCCGUAAAGAAGUUUGCAGGAAAAGAUCUGAGCCAUGGCAUCAUACAAUAAUGAACCAGCUCGGAAUCCCAAUAUGACCAUCAACUGCAAAGAGCCGUUCAAUGCAGAACCUCCAACGACUGUCCUGAGGGAGCACUUUGUUACUCCUAAUGAUCAGUUCUAUAUCAGGAAUCAUGCACCAGUUCCCAGCCUGGAUGGUAGAACACACAGAGUGACUGUGGAUGGAUUGGUGCCACGUCCCCUGGAACUAACAGCUGAGCAACUGAGAACAUGGUUUCCUCAGGCAACGGUUAUGGCAACUCUAAUGUGUGCAGGAAACAGAAGAACGGAAAUGUCCGCGAUAAAACAAGUCAGGGGUGUUGUUUGGGGGCAUGCUGCUGUCAGUAAUGCUAUCUGGAGAGGGCCUAGACUGAGAGAUGUGCUGCUUAUGGCAGGAAUUGAGAAGUUGGAGUCUAGAUGGGAGGACCUACAUGUUGAUUUUGAAGGAGUUGAUGUCUGCAAGGAAGACAGAGGCUAUGGGUCAUCAAUACCCCUAUUGAAAGCACUAGACCCCAGAGGUGAUGCCAUUGUUGCCUUGGAGAUGAAUGGCAGUGAGCUUCCUCGAGAUCAUGGCUAUCCUAUGAGGAUUGUGGUACCAGGUGUUGUAGGAGCAAGAUCAGUGAAAUGGUUGAAAUCCAUCUCGGUUCUCGGACAUGAAUCAACAAAUUAUUUCCAGAAGAGGGAUUACAAACUCUUCUUGCCUCAUGUUGAUUGGGACACUAUAGAUGAUUGGUGGGAGAAGUCACCAUCCAUCCAGGAAAUACCUGUCCAAGCAGCUGCCACCAGACCACAGCAGGGAGAAGCUAUCACCCCUGGCACACCUUAUACCAUCAAAGGAUAUGCCUUAUCUGGAGGAGGCAGGAAAAUCAUUCGUGUUGACGUUUCUCUGGACGGAGGCAAGCGUUGGGAUGUUGCUCGACUCUUUACCAAAGUGAAUGAGAACCAAACGAAAGCCAACACCAAGUGGAGUUGGGAAUUCUGGGAGUUUCCUGUCAAGGCCUUCCCUGCUCCUUGUGAAGUCGUGGUCAGAGCAUGGGAUGAUGCAAGUAACACCAUGCCGGAUGACAUAAGCUCAAUCUGGAACCUGAGGGGAGUAUUGAAUAACUCCUGGGUUCGUAUCAAAGUUCCUGCCAAGGCUAAAAUCUAAAUCCUAUGAAGAACAGAGGAUCUGUCUUUGGCUUUCCAUGUCUGGGAUCCGCUGAUCAAUAAUUCUUCAAUACAGCAUUAAAUUGAAAGUAUAGAAUGAUAGUUUAUCACAGAAACUGCUGAGAAAAAAGUUUUAUACUGUAUACUGAGUAUGCUCAUACUAUCACUUUCAUCAGGAUCAUCAUCAUCAUCAUCAUCAUAUGUUACAGCUGUAUAUUAUGCUUUACAGCCUACCUAACCAUGUUGGAAUAUACAACUAGAAUGAAAUUCUGCUUAAGGUACCAGAUCAUUCAGAGUAAAAAAUCCAUUUAUUUGUUUCGUAUUCAUCCUUAUGUAAUUGUUUAUCAUGUAGAUGGUUUGACAUGAUAAUCAUGUAAUCAGACAUAUGUCAGGAUUUUUAAAGGAGACGUUUUAAGUACAUAUUGUAGAUUAGUUAUUGAUUAACUUGGAUGCUUGAUGGUAAUAAAUAUAAGACUAAUUAAAGAAAUAUAUAACAUGCCAUUAACAAAAAUAAUAUUAAUAAUUUUCCAUCAAUGUGUGAGUAUUGCUCUCAUUAUUCAUUUUUGUUAACACAUUUGCUGUUUUUUAAUAUUUUUUAUUUCAUGAGAGAGAGAGAGAGGGAGCUAUUCAAUUGCUUCGUUAUCCACUAUAAAUGUGUACUUUAUUGUUUGAAUCAUUAUAGCUUUACAUGUUUAUGUACUGAUAAUAUGAUUUAUGUUAUCUAUUUUCAUUUUUAUUUCAUUUCAUCACUUUUACAAGACAAUACAAAGUCAAGGUGCUGAAUGGUUUUGAUUUUCCUUAUUACAUUGAGAAGAACACUGAAUAUUUCAUUUUAAAGUAUUGAUCUUAAAAACCCUGUUCCUGUGUUAUUUUCUUGUGAAAAUAACAUUCAAUGAUUUCCACAACGAAAAUACUGAUCUAUUAGAUCAUUAAACUGUUUGGUGAAAGUUGGCAGCUCUGUAUAAUGUAGUUUUCCACCCCUUUUCGUAUUAUGUAUGACCCACUGUGCCUUGUAGAUUAUUAAGUUUGAAUUUGAUUUUGUUGUAUUUGUUUGUGAAAAGGAAUGAAAUAUAGUCAUGGUGUCUAAUGCUGCUUGAAAUUAGAAGUGGGCUAUAGUGAAAUGGUAACUGGAUAUGACAAUUAAGUACACUUUAGCAUACAGUCAUAGUUAGAGUAGGGGGAAACCCUGGUGUAAUGGUCCACCCGCACACCCCAAUCAGACCGAGUAUACAGCAUCUGCAAGAAUCUUCAGUAUUGAAGGAGGCAGAUUAUCUUGAAGAAGAAGAAGAACAUAGUAUGUUUAUUGAAAUGAAAAAUAAAAGCAAAGUUUAAUAAAUGUAUGUAUAGGCUUAUUGGACAAAUGUGUACCGGUAUGUGCAAAGAGUAGUGUGGAAAUCACAGGAAACAUCUUUUGUUCCUUGACAUCCUCAUCAGAGGUUUUGAACUUCUCAGACACAGAAGAGUGCUUGCCUUUCAUUUUUGCUGAAACAAUGUGUGUAUUAAUGAUAGAGAUAAGACAAUGAUGUAUUUUGAAGUAAAAUUACUCUUUUGUAAAGCCAUGUUCAGUCCAUAUGAAUAAUUGUCAGUGCUCAUGAAAUCUUAUUAUACAUUUUGCAAAGUUUUUUUGGAGAUGCUUUUAUUGCAUUUUGUAUUACAUGUAUGUAGCAUUCUUGAAUAACGGGUGUAACAGAAGUUGCAAUAAAUGUUUCUUUUGACUAUUAGAAAUGUCUAGUUGUGAAAGGAUGUUCCAUCACCAAAAGAAUUAAGAAAAUACAGACAGAAAGAAUAAAAGUAUAUGAUAUUAGAAAAAAACAAGAUAUGUAUAUAUGUGAAUGGAACCAAACUCACCAAAAAGCAUGCAAUUUAGAGAUUAGAACUAGCAUACAACGGGAUAUAUCGAAUGGAAUUUGUGAAGAUAUACCUAGGUCUGUUAAAGUUUGAAGUAUUCAUUUACGUCAGCUGAUCAGUAAAACCCCUUGCUGAAAAAUACACUUGUGCUUGUAAAGAUUUUAAAGAGUAUUUCAAUUUGUGAGUAUUUUCAUUUGUGUGUCAUUUCAUCCAUUGAAAAUGAAAUAAUUAAAUUAUUCAAUCAUUAAA